AUGUUCUCCUCGGCGCUCAAGUCGAUAUCUUCGACAAACAUUACCGCCAACUACUCCAUCUCCUCGACCCAGACCUCGUCUGCCGGCCCCUGGAAGAUAUACGAUUGCAAGAAAAAGUCGACGGGGAAGCCUUACAGCGUCUUCGUCUUUGAUAAAAAGGCUCUCGACGGCCAUGGAAGCAGCCUCGGCCGGUCGAGUGCGUCCGCCUUCAAACGUGCUGCCGAGGAAGUCAUUGAACGCCUGAAGAAGGAGGCUUCGAGCCUGGCGAAGUUGAGACACCCGAGCGUCCUCGAGCUCGUCGAGCCGGUCGAAGAGACGAGGGGUGGCGGGCUGCAGUUCGUUACCGAGGCCGUCACGGGCUCGCUGGCGGCCCUGCUGCAGGAGAAGGAUGACCAAGAACGGAGCGGUGGGGUCGGCGGGCGGUCGAGCCGCUAUGUCACCGAGGACUCGGACGGCGUGCGCCGGCGGCGCGAGCUGGAGAUUGACGAGCUCGAGAUCCAGAAGGGGCUGCUGCAAAUCAGCAAAGCUCUAGAGUUCUUGCAUGAGAACGCUGGUCUGGUUCAUGGAAACCUCACGCCUGAUGCUAUCAUUGUGAAUGCCAAAUCUGACUGGAAAAUCAGUGGUCUGGCCUUCUGCGGACCUUCCGAGGGCUCCAACAAGCCGACCUCCUUCCAACCCAUCAGCUUGUCGGAGGUGCUCAAUCCAGACCCUCGACUGCCUCGAUUUGUGCAGUUAGACCUCGACUACACCUCCCCUGACUUUGUCAUCGACAACAACUUCACCACCUUUGCCGACAUGUUCUCGUUGGGUCUGUUGGCUGUCGCCCUUUACAACUCGCCCCACCGCUCGCCCAUCGAGUCACACGGCAGCUUAUCAACUUAUAAACGGACAUUCUCGUCUUCAUCAACAGUUCCGUCUGCGUCGAACGGAUUCUUAUCAUCACGACCAUUGCCCAAAGAGCUUGUUCAGCACGUACUACCGCGGCUAAUCACUCGCCGACCAGCGCAACGUCUCACAGCCAAGGAGUUCCAAGAAAGCGAAUACUUUAAUAAUGUGCUUGUCUCGACCAUCCGCUUCCUCGAUGCUUUCCCGGCAAAAACACCAAACGAAAAAUCUCAGUUCAUGCGGGGCCUGGUCAAGGUUAUGCCCUCAUUCCCCAAAACGGUCAUGGAGAAGAAGCUUUUGCCAGCAUUGCUUGAAGAGAUGAAAGACAAAGACCUGAUAGCACUGAUCCUUCAGAAUGUUUUCACCAUUAUCGACUUGCUGCCAUCUGCGAGACGUGUCUUCGCCGAGAAAGUACGCCCAGCGUUGAAGGCGACCUUUGCCCCGCCUCCUAAGAAGGACCAGCCUCCAGAGAGGGACCCUACCAAAGACGCUGGGUUAAUGGUGGUGCUUGAACACAUGUCAACCAUCUGCAACAACUGCAACGGCAAGGAAUUCACAGAUGAUAUUUUACCCGUCGUCUAUGCGGCGAUCGAGGCGCCAACUCCAGCAGUUGUCGACGCGGCUCUGAGAGGCCUACCAUCUAUCCUGCCAGUUCUCGACUUUAGCACCAUCAAGAACGAGCUCUUUCCUGUGAUUGCGGCUGUCUUUAGCAAAACCAGCAGUCUCGCCAUCAAGGUGCGAGGUUGCCAAGCCUUUGUCGUUUUGUGCGGAGGGACACCAGACGGGCAAGACGAUGGGCUUGAUGCGUUUGGUGCUGCAAAGAAGAAGCCCUCGUCAUCUUCGAGCAUGCUGGACAAAUACACCAUGCAGGAGAAAAUCAUUCCGCUGAUCAAAGCUAUCAAGACUAAAGAACCUGCUGUCAUGAUGGCGGCUCACGGAGUUUUGCGGGUGGUUGGCGAAGCUGCUGACGCUGAAUUCGUCGCGAUCGACAUCCUCCCCAUCCUUUGGCAUAUGAGUCUGGGGCCUUUGCUCAACUUGAAGCAAUUCCAGGACUUCAUGGACCUCAUCAAGAAGUUGUCCAAGAGGGUGGAGGACGAGCAGACCAGGAAGCUGCAAGAGCUUUCUGGCACCAACGGCAGCACAGCCACGUCCAACGAAGACUUCAUGGCUUUCGGCGGCGUCAGUGGGACAACGUUCGAUACCAACGGAGGCGCGGAGGACGACUUCGAAAGCUUAGUCAAAGGCAAGACGACGCGGACGUCAACUUCAGAUGCCUUCUCAAGCUGGGAAGAGACACCUGCCACGGCAAGAGUUACGUCGCCUGCGCCCGGAAGUAGAUCUACAACUCCGGCGUUUUCGUGGUCAAGUCCGCCUCCGACUCAGACCGCACCCCAGCGGCCAAGCCUCAACCUGGUUUCCGUACGCGCAUUCAAGCUCGGCAAUGAACUGGUCCACGGCGUCGGCGACGACUUCCAACCCAUGGUCAUCAUCUUCUUCGACACCGACGCCGGCCUUUUCGGCCGGUAA